AUGGAAAAUUUAAAUCCUAUUAUCUAUUUCCAAGAAGGUAAUGGUAGUUCAGAUUAUAGAUCUAAUAUAUCCAUCGUUGAUAUGUUAAAUAUAGAUGACAAUAACUUAACUAUCUCUGAAAUAACACCAAUGGAUAUUUUUGAGAUUAUAAGACGUAUAAAAGACCCCGAAUAUCCAUUGACGUUGGAACAAUUAAAUGUUGUGGAGUUGAAGAAUAUCUCAGUAGAUAAUAAUGCUAAUAGGGUAAUUGUAUAUUUUACUCCAACUAUUACAAGCUGCUCACAAGCUAGUUUGAUAGGACUAUCCAUUUUAUUUAAGCUUACCUUUACUUUACCAAGCAGAUUCAAAGUAAUUAUAAAGGUUACUCCUGGAUCUUAUGAUUCAGAAGAAGCAUUAAACAAACAAAUGAGAGAUAAAGAGAGAGUACGAGCUGCAUUAGAAAAUAUGCAAAUAUUUAAAGCUAUUACUAGGGGAAUAGUGAAUUCCGACAUAUGGGAUGACUCUAUAAUAUGUGGAGAAACGGUGAUUUAUUAG